CGCAAUGCACUUAGAUCUUUCUAUCUGUAUCUUUCCUUCGCUGCAAUCUCAUACUUUCCCUACUCUUCGUCGCAAACAUGGUUUUCUAUCCUCCUCCAUGGGUCCCUAAGCUGCCCGAAAUCCCCGAUACAGUACCGAUAUGCGAAUUCAUGCUCGAUGAGAAAUAUGGACGACGGCCGUACUCAGACUCUUGGGAUGCUUAUACGUGCGGUCUUUCUGGCAAGAGCAUCACGGCAAGACAGCAGAAAGAAAAUGUAGACAAAUUAGCUCGUGCCCUCGCGAAGGAGUUUGGAUGGAAAGUCAAUGAAGGCACCGAGUACGACAAAGUGGUUGGCGUUUUCGCCUUGAAUACGAUCGAUAUCAUGUCAUUAUCAUGGGCCAUCCACAGAAUAAACGGAGUAUCAUCACCUGCCAAUGCAGCCUACAGCGCGGACGAACUCCGCCAUCAGCUCAUCAACUCCGGCGCAAAAGUCCUCUUCACGGUCAUGCCUCUGUUCACAACGGCACUGGAAGCCGCCGCAAAGGCCAACAUACCCAAGGACAGAAUCUAUAUAUGCGAGAUGCCGAAUGACCCUCCUAUCCCCAAAGAAUUCAAGACUCUAGGCCAGCUUCUGAAAGAGGGGGAAUCAUUACCAGAGCUUGAACCGAUCCGAUGGAGUAAAGGUCAAGGAGCGAGACAAACGGCCUUCCUGUGCUACUCUAGCGGCACUUCAGGUCUUCCCAAGGGUGUCAUGAUCAGUCACCGAAACGUGAUCGCAAAUACAGUACAGAUCUCGGUAUACGACCAAGCGGGACGAGACGCGAUCGAGCCUGGGUAUCAUGACGUUGUCCUCGGUCUGCUUCCCCAAUCGCACAUUUACGGCUUGAUCGUUAUCUGCCAUGCGUCGACAUAUCGUGGAGACAGGGUCAUCAUCCUUCCGAAAUUCGAAUUGCAGCCGUACUUGACCACGAUCCAGAAGUACAAGAUUAACACGCUGUACAUUGUCCCGCCGAUCAUCAUUGCAAUGGUCAAGAACCAGCAAGUGCUCAAAAAUUUCAACUUGUCGAGUGUCAAGUCGAUUUUCACGGGCGCCGCACCGUUGGGUCAGGAAACGGCAGAAGAACUGGCUUCUCAAUAUCCAACGUGGGUGGUCCGACAGGGUUACGGUCUUACUGAGACGUGUACGGUCGUCUGCUCGACGUCACCAUUCGACGUCUGGUUCGGCUCAUCGGGAUGCUUGGUACCAGGCUAUGAGGCAAAGGUGAUGAGUAUCGAGGGCAACGAGAUCACGGGAUAUAACCAGCGAGGAGAAUUGCUGGUCAAGUCGCCUAGCGUUGUGUUGGGGUACUUGAAGAACGACAAGGCGACGAAAGAGACGUUUGUGGAUAUGCCAGAAGGCCGGUUCAUGCGGACGGGCGAUGAAGUUGAGAUACGAAAGUCGGCAAAGGGUAAUGAGCAUAUCUGGGUCGUGGACCGGAUCAAGGAAUUGAUCAAAGUCAAGGGUCUCCAAGUUGCACCGGCAGAGCUGGAAGCGUGCUUGCUCAAUCAUCCUGCCGUGGCUGAUUGUGCCGUUAUUCCUGUAGCGGAUGACCGGGCUGGGGAACUACCCAAGGCAUUCAUUGUCAAGUCGAAUUCCGUCGGUCUGGAAGAGAGUGAUGCCAUGAUCAAACGGAAUAUCGCCAGAUACGUUGAGAAGGAGAAGGCCCGGCACAAGUGGCUGGCUGGGGGGAUUGAAUUCAUCGAUGUCAUUCCCAAGAGCGCCUCGGGGAAGAUUCUUAGACGACUCUUGAGAGACAAGGAAAGGGAAGCACGCAGGAAGGCUGGUGCCAAGUUGUAGAUACUGGAGCAUGGGUGCUUUUGUGGUAGACUUAGACAGCGAAGAGUGAUGCAACACUCAGGAGGUCUGAUUAUCAAAGAAUCAUCGAUGAGAUCUCUUGUGAGGUUAUGGUGGCCGAGUACAGGGGCGGGGUCACUCCUUUCUCCUCCGGUCUAGCAGAAGAAACGAACAUCU